AUGCAUUUUGGAUAUAAAAUCGUCGUUUUACCCAAUUUUCUUCUCGGAAUAUUCCCAUUCCUGAGUCUUGGUCAGCAUUCAAUUAAGCAAGGCAGACAAUUUUACAAACUGGUGGACAGUUAUCUGGUGGGAAACACAACAUCGACAAGACAUGUAGAGGACUAUUUUGACUGUUCCUUCCUCUGUCUGGAGUACGAACCAUUCGCUUGCUUGUCGUUCAAUAUAGCUCGGAAUAGUGACAACGGCUAUCAUACCUGCGAAUUAAGCAGUUCAGAGGGAUACCUUGAGCCGCAAAGGAUAGAAGAAAGGCUCGGCUAUGAUUAUUAUGGCACAACUACUGAAGUAUGUAAUACGUCUUACUUGUUUGUAGUCCUGGGUUUAUUAGUCUGUCACAACAUUAACUGUGAUCAACAGGUUUAUAACCGCUUUUUCUUUAAUGCAAGCAUCAGAUAAAGUAAAAAAAGGGGAAUUUUGUAUUUCAAUAAUAUGUUUUCGAAGUACAAUAACACCUGUACUGAGCAAACCUCAAAUUGAACGGACCCCCAGAGCUUUUGCAUCACACGGGCGUUAGACGAACUAAAAAAGAAAAACAGAAGAAAGGCUCGGCUAUGAUUAUUAUGGUACAACUUCUGAAGUAUGUGAUACGUUUUAAUUGUUUGUAGUUCUAGGUGAAAUGGUCUGUUAUAGCUCUAACCACGAUCAAGCAGUUGACGAUCACUUUUUUACUUUUCUGGAGUCAUCUGAUAAAGAUAAAAUAAUUUAAAUAUUGUAUUUCAGUUAUAUAUUUUCGAAGUACAGUAACACCUGCACUGAGCAAACCUCAAAUUGCAUGAAUCUCCAGAGCCUAUGUAUCACGCGAGCGCUGGACAAAGCGUCGUCUUCCACGUAAACAUUAGAAAAUGAAAAAGUGCGGAUUCGGACUUAAAAAAAUUAUAUUUAUAAUUAUAGUUACAAGACGAACUGAGGAAAGAAAAUGAACUUCACAAACAAGGAACUUAAUCAGGGUCUAUAAUAAGAGAUUUGAGUUUCAUUUCCAAUCGAUUUCUCACGCUUCGGUCUGUUGAGUAGACAGGAUUUUUCGCCAUGAGCUCAAAAGCGCGAUGCGAAAUCUUCCCUUUUUUCUAUGACUUCUCUAUUAUGUUCAAAAACACGGAGAGUUUUAGGGUACUUUUGUAAUAAUAGGAAAUAUAUUAGUCUCUUUUCAGGAUAUCCCCAUGUUCUAGUAAUCCGUGUAGUAAUGGAGGGACGUGCUCUCAAGGCAAGCGGUCUGGUAAAUUUUCCUGCCAGUGCCUUCCACAAGUGACCGUGCUUCCGUUUAUUGACAACAAUUGUAAUAUUGGUUUGAAGUUGUGGAUUAGAACAAAAAGAAACCACCGAAAUUGAGACUUGCUUUUGCUGGGAUUACCAAGUUUGGUUCCUAUGGGGACUCUAUAACUUCAUAUCGUCGAAAACCCCCUUUGAUUUUCGAAUAUCCCCUUUUUCCAUUGUUUGCUCGUUGCAUUACGCUACGUAAUGAAUUUUUGAACCCUUUCCCUUGUAAAAUCCCAUAGCUAUGAGACAUAUGCCGAAAACGCCGCAUGAUUUUUAUUUUCUUCUGUUUUCUAUAUCGUAUUCAAAGAUACGAAGAAGAUGGUUCGUUACAAAUCUGUGGAAGGAGUGUUUCAUACUAAAACAGGCAGGUAUAAGCUAAACUAUGAAAAUGCCAAACGUUUAUGCGCACUUCAAGGAGCACAAUUGGCCACAUACAGCCAACUACACAAGGCCUGGAAAGCUGGUGCUGAAACAUGCGAGUAAGUAAAUGUUUACUUUUUUUCUUCCCCUUUCACUUCGUCUUUGUAAUGGCCCGUUCUUCUCCAUCCCUUAAAGAAAUGCCGGUGGGAAUUGUCUCAAUUUGUAAGCAAAACUUCUGUAGAAAAAUCUUUAUUUAUAGGUAGCAUACUAACAGUUUAUUUUGAUAGCCGAAAGUAGAGCGCGCAGAAAACUGAUAAGGUGCUUAUAAAACGUAUGCUCUGUUCUCAGUGAAUGGGACCCCAAUAAGACUAAAUCUUCUUUAUGCUAAGACAUUGUAUUGACUUGUUAAUGCACCUCUGAUCAGAGGAAACUUUUGUUAAACGGUUUUUGAUUUGAUAAUUCGUUAUGCUACGCUAUUUAGAGCUUCUUCAUGUUUUGAAAUAUUUCAUUAGGUUCUGACUUUAUUUGGUAAUUUUCUUGAAAUUCAGGUAUGGAUGGUUAAUUGAUGCCACCGCGCGCUUCCCAAUGCAGACGAAAAAGGGAGGUUGUGGAAAUAAAGUUGGCGUCAUUGGCUCUUCUUCACCAAUAUCCAAAACCAGCACCUACAACGCUUGGUGUUUCAAAUAA